GGGUGGGAGCGGGAUGUGGGCGGCCAUCCCGCACGAGGCUUGCGCGUGGAUGCCACUGUCGGGGUCCCCGUGGGGACCCCCACAGCCCCCCUGCCCUUCUCACGCCGGCAGCUUUUUUAAUGCUUUCCUGUUUUAAUGGGGCUGCAGCCCAUCCCCGUAGCAUCCCGCCUGUGCUCUGCUUCUGAACCACCAAGGGAGGAAAAGCCACAGGAUUUUUGAAGCAAAAUCCUCUCCCAGGCCGGAGCGUGGCUCUGCCCGAGAGGUGGCAGCAUGCGACCAUGCUCGGUGGCAGCCAGGCUGGGCUCAUCCCUGGGGGCUCUCAGCUUGGCCCUGGGCUGAGGUCCCUGACGCCCCCCCCCCCCCCCCCCACCAGCAUCCAUCCUGAGCUGAGGUCUGGCUCCGUGUGCUGAUCCCAAAUCACUCCGCGACGCAAUAACCGGGUGGGCACCUUCGCCUGUGAGCGGGGCAGGGACGGAGGCUGUGCAGGGGUGGCAUCCAGGCUUCCACUGAGAGCAUCGUGCAGAGUGGCUGAGCAUCCCCCAGCCCCAGCCAAAAUUCACCUGUCCUGGGGGGCAGCGCCUGCAGCUGUGUCCUUGUUCCCAGCUGGUUCCAAUGGGAAAAGGGCCGGGUUGCACAAGGGCAGGACCCCAGCUCUGCCCAUGCACCCCAAACCCCUGCAUCCCCUCGGCCACCGGUCCCAGCACCUCCGCCGGUUAUUCACCACCCACACGUUACCGGGGAAGUGGGAGCUGCCCCUUCCUCUCCUGCCCAUCCCCCAGGGCAGGGUCAGGCCCUGGCACGCCCUGGCACACACCAGCUGCCAUCGCUUCCUCAGCGAAGCCCGACCCACUGGCCGAGUCACCGCUUCCCUCAUCCCACGAGCACCCAGUGUCCUUCCUGGCAGUGAGCCCCCUGCAAUCCUCCCGCCGGCCCCAGGCGGUUUCCUGCCCCUGUGAGGCUCAGCCCCACGGGUCGGGGGUCACAGCAUCCGCUCAACCCCCCAGCCAGCCCCACACAAGGAGGGGACAUGGCCGGAGCCAGGGCCACGCUGCUUUGCUGGGCACUGCUGGCAGCACCCGGGGGUCUGCAGCUCUGCCACGGCAUGAAGUGGCUGGAGGGGGUGAAGGGACAGUCCCUGUGCUUCCCAGCCCUGCGCUCCAUCUCUGCGAACAUCGUGAGGGUCACCUGGAGGUUCGGAGGCACCCACAUAGCCGAGGCCAAGCCCACGAAGAGCAUGUUCACUUUCAGCCUCCUGCCGAGGUUCCACGGCCGGCUGCUCAUCCACCCCAGCAACCUCUCACUGGAGAUCAGGCUGCUGAGGCUGGAGGACGCCGGGAAUUAUGAGGUGACCGUGGACACUUUGUCCGACCCCACCAAGCCGAAGACCUUUUACUACUAUUUGAUGGUUCAUGAUGGCUCAUCCGAGACAGUGACCAGGACCGGUGGCACAGGAGGACACAGCAGGAGCACUGUGGCACCCUGGGAAGCGACCAAGCCACAUGGCAGAGACACCGUGACACAGGGCACAGGUGGGGGGCAGCCCCUGGACAAGGGGGGGAGGUCGGGGAUGUGCCCAGCACAGAAUGGCUACUGCGUGGUGAAGGGCUAUCUGGUGGCCGUCAUCUUUGGGCUGCUGCUGCUGGUGGUGGCCGCUGUCCACAUCGUGACCAGGGACAGCCACCAAGCUGGGGGGUGAGGUCUCAGCAGAUCCAGGAGUGGCUGAGCCCCCCGGCAUCACCAUUCUCUGGGGACCACUCCCACGGCAGUGAUGAGCCCGUACUCUGGGCUCCAGGAGCGGUGGCUGCCCUGCCUCAGUUUCCCCAGAUGGGGAAAACCAUGAUUGUUCUAAUAAAAUCUCUCAAGGACGUGACGUAACACCCAGUUCCCUCAUCUAUUGCACAAGCAGCUGCCCCAAAAUGCAUCAACAUCUCUUCCUCCCAGAGGCCACCGCAGCCCGGGGGGGGUGGCAGCCCCCCCGGUACCUGGUAGGACCCAAACACACCCCGGUGCAGCCGCUGCAUCGAGUGUGCCGCAGCAUCGGGUCUCAGCGCACCUGAGGUGGGGACACCUCCAUUACCGGGACAUCAUCGGUUCCAUAUUUACAGCCCCGAAUCUGGUGCGAGAUAAUAAUUCAGCGUCUCAUAAAACCUUCUAUAGUUUAUAAUAA